GAUUAUUUACACGCGUAUCAUCAUUACUCCUUAAUAGAUUUUUUUUUUUUUUUUAAUCAGAAGCUGAGGAAUUAUUAUUUCAGAUAUCAUAAGCAGACCGAAGAUAAUUACAUAUCACUUACUGAUCUCAUUAUCCUUCGACAAACUUUUUUUACCGUUUCGUUCUCGCUUCUCGUUAUCCUCGUGACAUUAACUAGGUCGAUGAGCUUUCCAUGAGGUGUCGGUGUCUAGGAUACCUCAAGAGAUCCGAAGGCAAUCGCAUCGCUUAAGAAUUAUAUUAUCGGUAAAUUUUCUCGCGGACGCUCCUCGUCCUCGCUCGCUCGUUAACUCGAUUAAUAGACUCGGAGCGGAUCCCUCUUCUUUUCCCCGGCGAUUCUUUGUCGCGGCGGAUCGAGGAGGCAGCCGACAGGUUUGCCGACCGGAUCUCCAACGGUACCGUACGGCAUACCCCGGGAAAAGCAACCGUGGCACCGGCCAGAUCCGCGCCGCCACGCCGUCGAAUUCCCAGUUUGUCGCGCUUAACCGGUGCGCGUGGUCCGACCUGUCGCGCCGUGCCUCUCCCGCGGUGUAGUGUCAUCCAGGAUUCGAGCAGAGACCGAGUGAAAAAUCAAAAGAUCUUCAUUCUAUAAAUCUAUAGCGAGAUAAAUCGCGUAUCAAAAAUGACAAGGCGGUGCCGGGUGUCGUCAAUUGUCGUCGUAAUCGCGCUUUUAAUCGUUCUGCUGGACGGUGCGAUCGGCAAGUUACGAGUUGCUUACCGAUGGAAGCAGAUUGAUUACGAAUGGCCGAACAAUGAUAUUAAGAGGCUCUUCCCAGAUUACAAGCAGGAAGACAACUUGCCGUUGGGUUUGGAGGUGACUAACGAUCGGAUCUUCAUCACGGUACCAAGAUGGAGACAAGGAGUGGCCGCAAGUCUCAAUUACAUUCGACUCAACGAUACACGCGAAUCGCCACCCUUAAUUCCAUAUCCCUCUUGGGAGGCCCAUCAAUAUGGCGCCGCCGGCGUGCCGGAGAUCGUCUCAACGUUUCGCGUGCGCGCCGAUCGUUGCAACCGACUCUGGGUCCUGGACACGGGACUGACUGACAUCCUGGGCAGUCCUGAGCAACAGGCACCCCCGGCAUUGAUCGUCUACGACCUGAUGACGGAUCGUGUGCUACGUAAAUACGUGAUACCGGCCGACCAGAGAACUGCCGAUUCCUUGUUCGCCAACAUCGCCGUCGAGGACUACUCGUGCGAAGAUUCAUACGGCUACCUGGGCGACUUAGGUGGUCCAGGACUCGUCGUCUACUCGUGGAGCCUUCACAAAUCCUGGCUCGUCAAGCACCACUCUUUCCAUCCGGAUCCGAUGGGAGGAGAAUUUAAGGUAUCGGGAAUAUCGUUCCAAUGGAAUGACGGAUUGUUCGGGAUGGCUCUUGCACCGACUGGUGAUGGUUACAGUACGAUGUAUUACCAUCCACUCUCCAGUGGUAUGGAAUUUUCCGUUAGUACGAGAUUACUGCGCGAUCCUCAGCGUUCCAGUGCUGCAGAAACGUCCCACGAAUUCCAAACACUCGGGUCACGCGGGCCCAAUGGUCAAAGCAGCGUUAGCUUCCUGGAUCCAAAAACCGGAAUUCUCUUUUACGCGCUCACGAAUCUGAACACCAUCGCCUGUUGGAGACCGCAAAAUAAAUUCACCAUGCAAGAGCAAGGAUAUGUCUAUCAGGAUAACGUCACCAUGGUUUUCCCCAAUGAUCUCAAGAUCGAUCGAAAUGGCAACCUGUGGAUUCUCUCUGACAGACUGCCCAUCUUUAUGUAUUCGCACUUGGACCUGAACGAUUAUAACUUUAGAAUACUCACGGGAUCGACGGAGGAACUCAUCACGGGCACGAUCUGCGCGUCGACAUCAUCUUCGAAUUAUUCGACAACGAUGCACGAUCAUAGAGAUCACAUGGAUCAUAUGAAUCAUAUGGAUCACAUGGAUCAUAUGAAUCACAGAGAUCACAUGAUGAGCACAACGCCCAGAAUUCGCGCGAGCUCUGCUAAUUCCGUGAAGACAGAGAUCACGACAAUGAUGCUGUUGACAUGCCUGAUCAAAACUCUCGUUUGAAGAGCGACUAUGAAAGAAUAAAAAUAAAGAAAGUAGAAUUGAAGCUAAGAUAAAAGCUAAGAUAAAAAUGAAAUUACAAGCAAAUGUAGACAGAAAUAGAAAGGCAGAGAGAAUAAGAGAAAAGAGAAGGAGGAUAUGGAUUAUACAUUAUAUUAACGUUAUAUCAGUAUCUUCUAAUAAAAUAAUUUCUGUAAUUUAGAAUAACUUUGAAGUGAAGUAACUGAAUUAACUGAAUAAGAUUCUAUCAAUAAUGUUAAAUUAUUGCUUGUUAUAAAAAUGACAAAUAUUUAUUUAAAUAUGAUUAUAAAAUUAGAGCUAUUAAUCUUAUUAUUGGAAAUUUAUUUAUUAAUCCGUUUAAUUGCUUCACUUCCUAUCUUGUAAAAGUAUAAGAAAAGUAUAAGAAGUAUAGCGUAUUAAUUUUAAUUAUAAUCAUAUAAUUAUAAUAUUUUUAUUUUAUUGUAAUAUUGUAAAUGUAUUUUUAGAAAAGUUUGGAUUACUGUAGAAAAAGAAAAUACGCAGAGGAUUGAUACAAAUUAUUUGAAUUGCAAUAAUGAACCCAGUAGUUGAAUAGCCUACAGCGAGUAUAGUACAAGCGCUUUCUGAUUAGAGGUUCGUUGCCUCGUUGAUUUAUCUUACGAGGAAACAUUUCUCUCCUUCGCCGAGUAUACUACUAUUAUCUAUUCACGCCAUCACGGCAUUAAAACUGCCAUUAUAUUUACGUAUCAAAUGUAGUAUAAUAUAUAUCAUAAAAAAAAAAGAAAAAUCUCCAA